AUGCAAAGUCUUGAUGAUGGACGACCAAAGGGAGGAAAUAAUAAUACUGGCAAUGGUAAUAAUUCCAAUCCUAAAGAAACUAAUAAUAAAAAUAUUCCAAAUACACUUACAAAAACUACAACUACCUCAAGCUCAAUAGUCAGUCCAGAUAGUGCAAUGAAUGCUUUUUCUGAUGUUAAUUCUAAUCUGAGUUUAGGUUCGAAUUCAAAUUCUGAUUCUAGACUUCCUAUUAGAAGAAAUUCAAUAGCUGCAACUGUGUUAAGUAAUAAUAGUAACUUAUAUUUUAAGACAAGGACAAAUGGUUCACAAAAGAUCAUAAAUAAUAUAAAGAAGAGUAAGACAAUGAACACCAACUACUCCACUCAGAAUGGGAGCAAUGAUAACUUCUCUUUGUAUUCCGCAAAUUCGGCUGUGUCAUCAGUGAGACCAGGUCAAAGCCAGGGACACGGUAAAGGCAAUCAUGACCGUCGAAAAAAACAACCAAAUGCGUUAAAGAAGACCUUGAGUAACAUAUCAAUGUCUAUGUUCAGGAACUCUUUCUCUGCAAUGAGCCCAGCUCCUUCCCACAACAAUGCUGCUGACAACAGCCCAGGCGCAUCCAUAGACGAAGGACAAUACACAUAUAAGAGUCCGACUACUAGUAAUCUCAAUAACUCGAGUAGAAAAUUCUCCUUUGCCGGUGGUCUAUUCAGAAAACUAUCAACUGUCUCCACUCCAGCUGCCUCCCCAAUAACUGGGAACAAAAACAAUAGAGAUAGAUCGGGAAACAGUUCACCAAAGACAAGCAUGAUAUACAACAAAUUCGACAACAACAGUGCAAGAAGGUCACAAAGUAGUAAAGAGGAUAUAUAUAGCAGUGUAGGUGCUCGCUCUCGCAAGAGUGGUGAGGAGCCGUCGAAAAGCGUCGCUAACACUGUAUCUACCUCUUCUCAUAAUGAUGUUAAUACUAAUCCUUUAUCAUUGACUACUCAAAAUUCUGAUUCUGUGUUUUGGAAUGAGGUAAAUAAACCAGAGAAUGGAAAUUUUGAUUUUUUGAACAAAUCAGUUACUCAGGACAGGAACCAAACAUACAAUGAUCUUUCACUGGAUUUGUCUCCAACCGAUAUAAGCUCUCAUAAUGUUGAUUCUGCUACCUAUGGGAAUCCAAUAGCAUCUAAUACCACUGUCCAACGUUGGUCAGCGCCAGAGAAUUGGGAUGUAGAGGGGUCAAACCUUACUUCUAAGAAUAAAAAGGUAAAUUCAAACAGAUCAAGCACUGUCAACUUGGUUGUUAAUCGUGGUAAUAAGUUCCGUAAUAACUCACUGGUUCUCCCAGGAGAUCAAAACAAGCCAAACAAACUAUCCAACAGUUCGGAGUCUAUCAGUAGGUAUUCUAGUGAUGACAACGACAAUGACAGCAAUACAAAAUAUAUUCAAAAUAGCGAGGGAAAUGACAUUUCUUUAGUUAAUGGAAAAGAAGUUAAUGAUUCAACAACACCAAUAGCUAAAGUAAGUUCUAGGAAAUUAAAUCAAAUGCAUAAUAAGCUAUUGAUGACACCUUCCAAUACUAUGAGUUUAGAUGUUCCAUCAAAUGCAUCUGAAAAUCCUGAUAUUUCAUCAGCAAACUCACCAAUGCAUACUGAUUUGGAAGAUUAUGGAGAAGAUGAUGACGAUGACGAUAGUGAUGAAGAUGAAAGUACAUCUGGAAGUGAAGCAGGCUUACCUUUCACAUUAAGUUCUUCGAAUGUUGCUAAGUUAGCAAUCUUAGCUACGAGAGAGAAUAGUGUUAAUUCAAACAACGUCAGCUCUUUACCAAUUAUUCUAACAGCAGAGGAUGAAAAGCGUGAUCAAGCAGAGCGUGAUUUACAGAAGUACUACAAAGAUGUUACCGAUUUAGAUCCAAAAAAGCAUUAUGCUAUUCGUUUCUUUAAUGUUGAUAAAACAUUCACAACAUUGUCGUUAACUCCUGAUACUACAGUACAGGAAGUUUUACCAAUUUUAAGAAAAAAAUUUAAUAUAGCCUCACAAGGCAACUUCCAAUUAUCAUUAAAAGUUGGUAAAUUAUCAAAAAUUCUAAAGCCUACAUCUAGGCCUAUUAUUAUUGAACGUAAACUUCUUUUAUUAAUCGGUUAUAGGAAGACUGAUCCAUUGCAUAUUAUUGGUAUAGAAGAUUUAAGUUUUGUUUUUAAAUUCCAUAUUCAUCCAGUUGCACCAUCUCAUUUAAAUGCAGAACAGGAACAGAGGUUGAUGAGAAGUGAUUUUGUUCACGUUGAUUUGAGAAGAAUUAAUUUGACAACACCACCAAUUAUUUUCUAUCAACACACAUCAGAAAUUGAAAGUCUAGAUGUCUCUAAUAAUUCAAAUAUAUUUUUGCCUCUGGAGUUUAUUGAAAGUGCGUUAAAUUUAUCAAGUUUGAGAAUGGUUAACUUGAGAGCUUCAAAGUUUCCCGCUAAUGUCACUGAAGCAUAUAAAUUAGUCUCCCUAGAAUUACAAAGAAAUUUCAUAAAGAAAGUUCCAACCUCAAUUUCAAAUUUAAUUAAUUUGACUAUUUUAAAUCUUCAAUGUAAUAGCCUAGAGAAACUUCCAAAAGGAUUUACAAAGUUAAAGAAUUUACAACUGUUAGAUUUAUCAUCUAAUAAUUUUGUUGAGUAUCCAGAAGUAGUUAAUGGGUGUACUAAUUUGUUACAAAUGGAUAUGUCUUACAACAAAAUGUACUCAUUGCCUAAUUCCAUGAACCAAUUGAUAAAGAUAGCUAAAAUAAAUUUUUCUCAUAAUAAAUUAACAGCUGUAGGUGAUCUUUCAGGAAUGAAAUGUUUAAGAACAUUAAACUUAUCGAAUAAUAGAAUAACAGUAAUUAAAACUAAUGCAUCUAAUUUACAAAAUUUGAUGCUUUCUGAUAAUAGAAUAUCUACUUUUGACGAUACUUUACCUAAACUAAGAGCUUUAGAUAUCCAAGAAAAUCCUAUUACUUCUAUUCCAUAUAAGGACUUUUAUCCAAUGAAUAUGACGAGUUUAACUUUAAGUAAAGCAAAGCUGGCUAGCAUUCCUGGUGAGCUGUUUUCUAAGUUAUCUAGACUAGAAAAGUUAGACUUAAGUCAAAAUAACUUAACUAAACUACCUUCAGAAAUUUCUAACUUGAACAAAUUGAUUUAUUUAUCUGUUGCAAGAAAUAAAUUAGAAGGUCUUCCAGCAGAAUUUUCACAAUUGAAAAAUUUGAGAACUCUUGAUUUGCAUUCCAACAAUAUUAGAGAACUUGUACCUGGAUGUUAUGAUAUUGAAAUAACAUAUUUAAAUAUUUCUUCUAAUGCGUUCAACACUAAUAAUUUCAAAGAAAGUUUGUCUGCAGAUCUCAAUCCUAAUACUAAAAUUUCGAAAAGUUUAAUGUUUUUUAUUGGUGCAGAUAAUCAAUUUGAUGAUUCUGUUUGGUCAGUACUAAACUCUUUUGCCAACUUAAAAAUUUUAAACUUAUCAUACAAUAAUUUAACUGAUUUAUCCGGGAUGAAAUUAGCUAAUUUAAAUGAAUUAUACUUGUCAGGUAACAAGAUAUCUAAUUUAGCAAGUGACACUGUAUUAAAGUGGCAGUCCGUGAGAACAUUAAUGUUAAAUGGUAACAAUUUACUAUCGUUACCAACCGAAUUAUCUCAAUUAUCCCAAUUGACUAUUUUUGAUGUCGGUUCUAAUAAAUUAAAGUAUAAUAUUUCAAACUAUCAUUACGAUUGGAAUUGGAGGGAAAAUAAGGAAUUGAGAUAUUUAAACUUUUCUGGUAACAGACGUUUUGAAAUUAAAUCUUCGAUUAAUUAUGACAUUGAUGUUGACUUAUCAGAUUUAACAAUUCUACCUCAGUUGAAAAUUCUUGGUUUAAUGGAUGUUACAUUAAACACAAAUAAAGUUCAAGAUGAAAAUAUCAAUUUCCGUCUGAGAACAAGUAACUCUACUGUCAAUGGAAUGGCAUAUGGUGUUGCUGAUACGUUAGGUCAAAAAGAUUACGUAUCUUCUCGUGAUGUUACAUUUGAAAAAUUCCGUGGUAAGGAUGAUGAAUGUUUAAUUUGCUUGCAUGAUAGUAAAACACAAGGUGUGCGUUAUGGACAUAAUGUGACUGAAAUAGUAAGAGAUAUUUAUGAUAAAAUAUUGAAGAGACAAUUGGAUAAAUAUACCGAAGAUGAUGAAGGUAUUAAGAAUGCAUUGCGUUUCAGUUUUUUACAAUUAAACAAAGAAAUUAAUAUAAUGCUAAAUGCUGUCGAUAAUGGAGAAAAAGUUCCAAAUUUAUCAUUUGUGGAUUUAUUAAGUGGUACCUGUUCUACCGUCAUUUACAUGAAAGGUAGCAAAGUUUAUACUGCAAACGUAGGUGAUUGUAUGUCCAUAUUGUCAAAGAAUAAUGGUGAUUGUAAUGUAUUAACUACUCAUCAUGUUCCUUAUAAAAGAGAAGAAUACGAAAGAAUUAAAAUCGCUGGUGGUUAUGUCAGUAAUUCCAAAUUAGAUGGUGCUGUUGAUGUUUCGAGAGCCAUUGGGUUCUUUGAUUUAUUACCACAUAUUCAUGCAUCUCCAGAUAUCUCUGUUACAACAUUGACGAGCUCUGAUGAUAUGCUGGUUGUCGCAACCCACAAACUUUGGGAGUAUAUGGAUUACGAGACGGCUUGUGAUAUUACAAGGGAACAUUCAGGACAUCCAUUGCUGGCUGCUGAAGAAAUGAAAGAUCAUGCUAUUGCAUACGGUUGUUCUGAUAAUAUAACCAUUUUGUGUUUAUCUCUACAAAAGGAUGCACAACAACAAGGUAAUUAUUCCUUUAAUAGAAACUCAUUGAUAUCUAGACGUACUACGUUUGAAGAUACUACUCUAAGAAGAUUACAACCAGAAAUUGCGCCACCAACCGGUAACGUUGCCAUUAUAUUUACGGAUAUUAAGAAUUCUACUUUCUUGUGGGAAUUAUUUCCAAAUGCAAUGAGAUCUGUUAUGAAAACACAUAAUGAUAUCAUGCGUCGUCAAUUGCGUAUUUACGGUGGUUAUGAGGUUAAGACUGAAGGCGAUUCUUUUAUGGUUGCCUUCCCAACACCAACAAGUGCGCUUGUUUGGUGUUUAAGUGUUCAGCUAAAAUUAUUGGAUGCGGAAUGGCCUGAGGAGAUAACAUCAAUUCAAGAUGGUUCCUUAGUGUUAGAUAAAUUUGAUAAUAAAAUUUAUCAAGGGUUAUCAGUUAGAAUGGGUAUUCAUUGGGGUUACCCAGUGCCUGAAUUAGAUAUGGUUACACAAAGAAUGGAUUAUUUGGGACCUGUAGUUAAUAAAGCCGCUAGAGUCUCCGGCAUUGCUGACGGUGGUCAAAUUGCAUUGAGUAACACAUUUUGCGUUGAGUUUAACAAGAUUUUAUCUUACCAUGAUAUGGUUGUUAACAAAAAUAAAUCAUUAGAAGAAGCAUACGGGGAGAAGCUUAUUGGUGAAAUUUUAGAAAAAGAAGUAGCACAAUUGGUUAGUAUUGGCUGGAGCUUUUUUGAAUUUGGUGAACAGAAGUUAAAAGGGCUGGAAUCCAAGGAAUAUAUCACAAUUGCCUAUCCUAAAAUUCUUGAAACAAGACAUGAUUAUUCAUUAACAGAAUCAGAUGAAAAAGGACUAGUUGAUGGUGAUUUGUUAUUCCGUUUAUUGGUAGUUAAUAAUAAAUUAGACUUCAUCUCUUCCGCAGUAAAUCAAGGUCAUAUUGAUAAAGAGGUUGAAGAAUCUGGUAGCUAUUUAUCCAAUGUUUCUGAUGCAAAUGAAGCUUCAAUAAUGAGCAUCAUCGCUGACAUUGGAUUUAUGCCUUUCUUUGAACAGUUAGUUACCAGAUUGGAAACAUGUGUAGCCAUGUUGCAAUUACGCCAAAGGGUCCAAAAGAAUCUAAACAUUACUCAAGAAGGUGCUAAUGCAGCCUGUGCCAGUAUAUUUGAACUAUUGGAUGAAAUAUUCGCAGCUGCAGGAAUUGAGAACAAAUAA